UCACAAAGAAGUAACUAAAGACUAAUUUAAUAAUUAAAUGAAAAAUGGAUAGCUCUUUUCUGUAUACUUAUUUUUCAAAUACUUUUAACUCCUCCAACUUUCUCUGCUGCUUUGCAACUUCUAACAACUUAAGUUUUUAGUUUUACUGACAUUGUCAACCUUAGCUGUCUCAGCUAAAUGGCCGUUCCUCAUCCGUGAGCCUAAAUAUUCUUCUACGUCCAACUUCCAAAAAUGCUGUCUUCUAGUAGGAUUUAUUGAAUAGUCAUCUGGAGCAGAAUUUCAGGUCAUUAAUCUCUGUCAACUAGGCAUGGAGAAUUGUUGUAGAAGGUGUGCUGUAGAAGGCAAAAUCGGUAUGUGUGUAUAACAGGCCUUCUUUCGAACAAUGAAGAAUGCAAGCUCCUGGCCAAUAGCCUUCAGCAGUCUAACACUCAGAUGUGCUCACUAAGAACUUCAGAAAGUUUUAAAAGGGAGACCGCCAAGGUUUAAAAGGGAGACCGCCAAGGUUUAAAAGGGAGACCGCCAUAUACAGCGACCAUCGUCGAAGUGGGACGGCUUUGGCUCAAUCAGGCUUCGGUGAGAAACAGGCAGAGGUGAGGGUAGGUUCCGAUGGGAAACUCAUAUGCUGGGCAACUGAAGACAACCCGUUUCGAAGAGGUUCUGCACAAUUCUAUUGAGGCCUCUCUCCGUUCAAACAGCUUGGUCCCCAGGCCUGUGUUUUCCCAAUUAUAUCUUGAGGUUGAAAACCAGUUAAUCUCCAAUUUUGAAGCUUGCAAAAGACCAGGCAACGAAGAAGAGGAGGAGGAAGAGGAGGAAGGAGAGGAGGUCGAUGAUGGCUCUGAGUCCAGCAGCCCCCUCAUUCAUUAUCAAAUGAAUGCUGCCCCAGAAGGGUGUUGUACCACUGAUGGUUUCUGCCAGGCAGGAAAGGACAUACGACUAGCUUCCGUAUCAAACGAGCAGUUUGAACUGCCAUCAGGAUUCCUGCUAGUUGGUGCAAAGUCUCCAAACCUUCCAGAGCACCUGUUAGUCUGUGCUGUGGAUAAGCGAUUUUUACCAGAUGACAAUGGUCGAAAUGCUCUGUUGGGUUUCUGUGGAAAUUGUGUGGGAUGUGGCGAGAAAGGAUUUCGGUACUUCACAGAAUUUUCCAAUCAUAUCAACUUAAAAUUGAUCACUCAGCCCAAGAAACAAAAGUACCUGAAAUGCUACCUGGUUAAAAAUGCACAGGGCACACUGACGAAAGGGCCCUUAAUUUGCUGGAAAGGCACAGAGGGCAAAACGCUACAAUCGGGCUCUAGUUCCACCUCUAGCGUUCCGUCACAACCUCCUGAGAGCCCAGCCUCAUCCACUACAGUGUCGUCAGCAGAAAGCAUUGCUGGAACAUCCGCUGGACUUCAGCAAGCAGGAAUUUCUGUAACCAACAACAACAGAGAAUCAUCCAGGCACCAAAAUGCAAUGAAGGUCAAUAAUGUAGCCACACAGAAUAUGUCAAGACCUUCAGUCAUAGGCAACUUGGUAAAUUCAGGUCCUCCAAAGAAGCGCCACAGGGGUUGGUCACCAGAUUCCCCUUCAGCAACAGAGGCGAGCUCCAUUCAGUGCAAUCCACCUGCUCAGAAUUUAGGAAGCAAAGCUGAACUUGUGGAAAUGACUUGCAUGACUCAGUCCAGUCAUUUAGGACCUGCUCAUUCUCCACUUACAGCCUCCGAAGAGCCUGUGGUUGUACCUGAUAAUUUAUUUAAAAACUGCGGGACCCGACCUGUAAUCCUUAAAGGCCAUGGAAGCUUUCCUCACCUUUGUGGUAAUCUGAAUGAUGUGGUGGUUAAUCCAUUGCUACAGAAUUGCUAUGGAAACACCCAGUCUUUACCCAGAGGGUAUGAGCAGCAUUGUGCAUCUGUGUCCACAGUAAUGUCUGUAGAGAUGCAGAUCUUACUAACUGUGUACUAUCUUGUUCAACUUGAACCAGAUCAGGUGCCCUUAAUUGAGGAAUUGGAACAUAUAUUGGUGAGAGCAUGGCAGGAGUCUAAUCUUACUGAAACCAAACAUUACCAGCAAGCGAUUUCUCAGAUAGGAACAAAUGUGUCAUCGCAGGCUAUGGAUGUCACCCCAAAGCAGCUCACCUGGCUGGCUAAGUUAGCGGCCAGUUCCUGUAAGAAUGCCGUCAAGAUUAUUGACUGGACAAUUUCAUUGGCAGAAGGCCUUGCAGAAACAUUUAAACUUCUUGGUGAGGGUAAAUUACAAGGAAAGAAUUUUGUGGUAAUCAUUUGCACCAGUAAGAACCAAAGCACUGAGUCAUGUGUUGUGGUUACAGGGAAAUGUCAGGCUGUAUUUUUGACUGGAAGAAUGCUUGAUCCAAAAGAGCAUCUGAAAGAAAUUAACUAUGAGCUUGUCACUGGGAAAAUUGGGACACUAGGAGAUUUCUUUAGCAGCCUUUGUCCAGAUGGAGAUCUUGACACACUCUUGGAAAAGUGCACUCUGGUAGAGAAUAGUCAAGGUUCUGGUUUCAAUGCUUCAUUGAAAUUUGAUGCCUCAGUUGAAGGACCAACAGUUUGUUCAGCCACAAUUUCAAACAAAGAAACAUGUCAUAUUCAUCCCAUACAACUUGCUGCAGCUCGAAAGCUGUUAUCUCAUGUCUGCGCAAUUGCUGAUUCCAGCACACAAAAUCUGGAUCUGGGCUCCUUUGAGAAGGUGGACUUCCUUAUUUUGGUGCCUCCAUCAGAAGUGGCUUACCAGCAGACAGUGCAGCGUGUCAGGCAAUCAGGGAUCUUGGGGGAACUUGGAUUAGAGGCCGAAUCUGUAGCAGAUCAGUGUGCAGAACAUUAUAUUAUGAAGCUUACUGCAGAAGCUCAGAGCAAGUUUGAAGCUUUUCAGCAAAGAGUAUUAAACAGCCCUUACACACUAUUCAUCCUGAUCCAUGACCAUGCACAUUGGGAUUUGACAAGUGGAGGAGCAGUUUCACAAAAUGAACCAUUCCUGGGUGUGGCAGACAGAAUCAUAAACUGCAAGGAAAUGAAAGAAGCACUGAAUGUCUUAACUCUCCAAGUUACAUCGUUCCCCUUUGCUUUCCAAACGCAGCAGACUUGCAUCAGUCCCUACAAUGAGAUCCACUGGCCUUCAUCCUGGAACAAUAGAGUGAACUUGUAUCAGGAAAACAGCAAGUAUUUUGGGCUUUCAGACUUCAUUGAUUCCACAUACUCAGGUCACAGACUUCCAUUGUUGAGAUAUGACAGUUCAUUUGAGAUUAUGGUUACUGCAGUACAAGAAAGGUUUCCCACAAUACACAGUGCUGUGACCUGGACAUAUAUUUUAAUUCAGCAUUACUCUGCAGCAAUGAUGGUAACAGCAGGGCACUUGCAGAUGAAGAACUACUCUUCUGUGGAAACAUUGGAGAUAAUUCAAUGCCUAAUUAACUCCACAAGGAGCUGCCCAAGUAGUCAUGGUUACAUGGUUGUACUCAGGAUUCCCUCUGUUUCUCUGGCUGCACUGGCAUAUGAACGAUUAUGUCAAGUUAGGUGCCGUUUGGGUCUGCAAUAUACAUUUGAAAUCAUCCUUGGGACACCAAAUGCAAAGAUUACUAUUGACCAGCACUUUAUGACACGACUGAAGGAGUGGCAAAAAAUAGAAGAUCCUGAUUGGGUACCUCAAACCUAUUUGGAUCUUGAAGACCUACCCUGCAUACUUAUCUUGUCUGGUACUGAUCAUUAUGGAGAAUCUUUUCCAAGAUCUGCAAAGUACUAUGACUUGCGUUUAAUAAAUUCAACUUGUCUUUUGCGAACUGCUUUGGAACAAGAACUGGGUCUGGCUGCUUGUUACAUAGUCCCCGAUGUCACUGUGCAGACAGGAACAAUGAAUGAUCCCUCUGAGAGUGACCUAGAUAAGCCAGGCAGCACUGAUGAUGAUGAAGACAGUGUUGCAGUUGAAGUGUCAACAGUUGAAGGCUCGGCUAAGAAUAGCAGCAUUAAAAGACAACGUUCCCAUUCUAAUCACUCAGCUUCAUCCAAGUCAUCGAAAGCUUCAAGUUUGAUCGGCGAUAGUGAUCAUUUCUCAGGGUCUGGAGGAGAUAAUUCUGCAAGAUAUCCAUUGAAUAUUGAUUCUGUUAAUGUUGAGGACAGUACUGCCACCAGAGAGAUGUCAAAGCUAAAAUCAGAUAACAUAAAGCAGAUAUCUAAACGUGAGAUAAAGCAUUCAGAAAAAGAUCAAAGUUACACCAAAAGGAAAAGCUCAAGGAAAACUUCAAAGACAAUUUCUUCAGACCCUUCCUCUACUCAGACUCCCAUUGUAGGACAGAUGUCAUCGCAUUGCCCAAAGGCAAAAGCAUUCAGUCAACCACCAACUGUGAUUCUCCCAAAAUUGGUCUACCAAAUAGUUACUAAAGUGGACAAUGCUGGAGUGGCCAAAUUAUCAUCAUUCCUUCCUCAUCAUUCUGUUCAAUGGAUUACUCCCUUUCAUCCGUCAUUGGCUAAAAUUAUGACUUCCACUGAGCAAUCACUGUACUAUCGCCAGUGGACUGCAGCUGUGCAAAACCAUGUGGAUUUUAACAAGAUGCAGAGUAGAACUGAGAUGUUUCAUCCCCGCAGACUUCUGCUGAGUGGUCCACCACAGGUGGGGAAGACUGGAGCUUAUCUGCAGUUCCUCAGUAUUCUGUCGAGGAUGUUGAUUCGACUGAUGGAAGUAGAUGUUUAUGAUGAGGAAGAAAUUAAUCUCAGUGUUAAAGAACAUUCUGUUUCACAACAGAAAGGAAGCUUACUGUGGCCUGAUUUGGAAACCUUCAGCAAAUUGCUUUUUGAUUACACAGUCCAUGAUCCAAACUAUGAAGAUGGCAGUCCAAUUUAUUCAAAGGACCUUGCCAACAAUAAAGGAUACAUAGCCAAUAAGAAAGAUGACGACAUCUAUCUGCGGCGCCAUACAACGCGUAUUAGGUUAUCCAAAUAUGCUGCCUACAAUACCUACCACCACUGUGAGCAGUGUCAUGAAUACAUGGGUUUCAAUCCCAGAUGCCAGCCGUACGAUUCUACACUCCAUGCUUUCACCUUUUCCUGCUCGAUGCUGGGAGAGGAAGUUCAACUCCACUUCAUUAUUCCCAAAUCAAAAGAACAUAAUUUUAUUUUUAGUCAACCUGGAGGGCAGCUGGAGAGUAUGAGGUUGCCUCUUGUUAGUGACAAGAAUUCAGAUUGCAUAAAGAGUCCAGUCUUUACACCGACAACUGGACGUCAUGAACAUGGUCUUUUCAAUCUCUAUCACGCUAUGGAUGGUGCUAGCCAUUUGCAUGUGCUGGUUAUCAAGGAAUAUGAGAUGGCAGUCUACAAGAAAUAUUGGCCAAACCACAUUAUGCUAGUCCUACCCAGCAUCUUCAAUAACUCUGGAGUUGGUGCAGCUCACUUUUUGAUUAAAGAGCUUUCCUACCAUAAUUUGGAAUUGGAACGUAAUCGUCAAGAGGAGCUUGGAGCUAAACCCCAAGAUGUGUGGCCUUUCAUUGUCAUUGCGGAUGACUCUUGUGUGAUGUGGUACAGUAUUAGUACUGAAAUCCCUAAGAACGCUACCAGUGUACCUACGGAACAAAAAGUUAUAGAGAGAAAUGUUUCUUUGAAGCAUGUACUCCAACACAUAGAGGCAACUGGUCAAAUCUCACACUAUGCUCUUUGUGGGAUCCGAAAGUGGUCCAGCAAAGUAAGCAGUCUGUACCUCACAGAGCCCUUCUCUCGAUGUCAUCUGCAUGACUUUUUGAUGCUGAAUGUGGAUUUGACACAGAAUGUUCAGUACAACCAAAACAGAUUUACCUGUGAUGAUGUAGAUUUCAACCUCCGUGUGCACAGUGCUGGUCUCCUCAUCUGUCGUUUCAAUCGCUUCAGUGUUAUGAAGAAACAAAUUGCCAUUGGCGGACACAGGACCUUCCUUAUCAAGUCAAAGGUCCCUGAUGUGUCAAUGUCCAUUUCUCCAUCUCAGUAUAUCUGUGCUCCAGACAGCAAACACACAUUUUUAGCUGCACCAGCCCAGUUACUGCUUGAAAAAUAUCUGCAACAGACAAGCAACAACCUUUUUCCAUUGUCAGUAAGGAACUUCAAUCAUCCGGUGGUGUCAGUAGAUUGCUAUCUAAACCUGGGACAAGAGAUUACAGUCUGCUUUGUGAGUUCUCGUCCUCAUUCUUUAAACAUCAACUAUUCAGACCUUGCUUUCAGUGGACUCCUCUUGUAUCUCUGUGACUCAUUUGUCACAGCAAGUAUUUUGAAAAAAUUCCAUUUUCUGAAAGGUGCAACACUGUGCGUCAUUUGUCAAGAUCGUAGUUCUCUUCGGCAGACUGUUGUGAGACUGGAGCUGGAGGAUGAGUGGCAGUUCAGGUUAAGAGAUGAAUUCCAGACAGCUAACUCGCAGGAGGACAAGCCACUCUUUUUCCUGACUGGACGGCAUGUCUGAAGAGUUAAAAUUUUCCUGGUAAAAUAUACACUAUAAAACAAGCACUCCAGAGUAACACUAUUUGCUUUGAGCCAUGAACAUAUUUUAAUAUGUAAAAGUGUUUUUUUCUUUUUAAAAAACUGAAUAGAAUGGUACCAAAUCAAGUGUAAAUACUCAUACUCAUCAACAAAAAAAUAUCAUAACCAUUCAACUAUAUUAUGCACUGUCUUAAAAUAUUUUUGGAACAGAAUUUUUGUAAUGGCUUUAUUUGCCUGAAUAUUAGACAGAAGGUUAAUUUCAUUUUUGAUAUAGCUCAGACUAAAUGAUCUUUUAUUUGAACUGGUUUAACACAUCAAGGCUUGAAUCUCAGCUCUGCUGUUCUGAAAGAAAUCAGGAAAUUACUGCGGUAGUUUGUGGCAGAUCAGCACUUUAGGACUACUUAACUGUGAAAAGAAAAAGGAGUGACUGAACUCUCAUGUAACCCCUGCAAAUAAUGGAUUUAUUCAUAAAUAGGCCUCCUAGAAGCUUCAACCCUUUGAUUUAAGAAAGAAAUCUGACCUUUCAUUCCUCACAGGAUAUUUCUAGAUGAAGAUUUGGAAAUGGGCAUAAGUGCUGGCCUUGCCAAUGAUGCCCUCAGCUGGUAAAUGAAUGAAAGAAAUCCACUUUUAUCUGCUGUUCAUUGUUCAGUAAUAUGUUCUAUUGAUCAUAUUCUCUGAAGGCAUUGGAUAUCAGAUACUCUUUACUAGAGGCACUGUCAAUCCUAAAUUUAGUAUACAGUGAUACCUAGAUGAGGAAUUAUUCUUUAAAACGUGGAUUAGAGCAGUGUUGGUUGCAAGUGUAUGAUUUCUGUUUUACUUUUCCAACACCUUUGAUCAUUUCAAAGAGAUAGGAGUAAUUUGAAUCCUAAACAGAAAUUUAUCAAAGUUUAUUGGCUAUUAAAAGUUCCAACUUAAAAAUUCCAUACUUAUUAUGUUUUUCUUGUC